AUGGGAAUCUCUUCUGGAGCCGCAAAGUCAACAGCAGCAAGACCAGCCCUAAAAAGAAACUAUUUGAACAAAACAAAUGAACUAACGUAUUCUGAAAAUGAGAUUGUUCAAAAUUUUAUUCUCAUUUGGUUAGAUGCGAUCACUGGUGAUCCGGAAGAUUCUCACUAUACUUUAUCUCAAUUACAAAAAAUCGUUAAUUCAAUUACACUACAUACUGAUGUGGACGCAUCGUGUAAAUUUAUUCAAAAGGAAAGAGAUGAACAGAUAUUUCUUAUUGCAUCUGGAACCCUCGGAAAAACAUUAGUGCCACUUAUUCAUCAUUAUGUUCGACUUGAUUCCAUUUAUAUAUUUUGCCAGCAACCAUCGUUUCACGGAUGGACAGAAAAAUGGAAAAAGAUAAAACUUGUUUCGAAUCAAAUUGAACGUAUUUGCCAAGCACUUGUAAGGGAUAUUUCGCAAUGUGAGCAAGAUUUAACUCCAACUAGUAUUCUAUCAUCGAAAGAUUCUUCAAAUCAAGAUUUACAACAAGUCGAUUCAUCAUUUAUGUAUUCACAGCUGAUAAAAGAAAUUCUACUUGAAAUGACCUAUGACGAGCGAGCAAUAAAGGAGCUUGCUGAUUUUUGUCGAAAAAAGUACAAGGAAAAUGUUGAUGAAUUAAAAAUUAUUAAUGAAUUCGAAAAUCAUUAUCACGAACAUCCACCUAUCUGGUGGUAUACACGUGAGUGUUUUACUUAUCAAAUGCUAAACAGUAGUUUGAGAACUUUCAAAAUUAAUACUAUUGCUACGAUGGGCUUCUUUAUGAAAGAUAUUCAUGAACAAAUCAAAGAAAUACAUUCGAAAAGAUCCAAUAGAAUGGGACCAUUUAUCGUUUAUCGAGGUCAAGGAAUGCUUAAUGACGAAUUUAUGGAAAUACAUAAUAAUAUCGGUGGUCUACUUUCAUUCAAUAGUUUUCUUUCUACUACUGUGGAUUUAAAUGUUGCAAUGAAAUUUGCACAAAGAUCUGUAGGUCGAGAUGGCAAAACUUCCGUUCUAUUUGAAAUAGAAGUCGACCCGAUGUUAACAUCAACGCCAUUUGCUUCGUUGAAUAAUGUGAGUUAUUAUACAAAAAAAGAAGAAGAGAUUCUUUUCUCGAUGCACACUGUUUUUCAAGUCGUUCAAGUCAAAGAGCACAAUGAUCACAUUUGGAAAAUCAAUUUGAAAUCUGUGAGAAAUAAUGAUUUACAAAUUACACGAUUAACUGAACAGAUGCGACGGGAAAUCGGUGAAGGUAGUACAAUCGACCGAUUAGGUCGAUUGAUGAUUACAUUAGGCGAAAUCGAAAAAGCCGAAGCAGUCUAUGAACUAUUACGUGAAUUAACACCUGAACAUGAUAAAAAAAUAUUUGCCUGGAUACGUAAUCAAUUAGGAUACAUUAAAUAUAAACAAGGAUGUUAUACGAAAGCUCAAGAAUUCUAUAAAGAUGCACGUGAAAUUCAAGAAAAAAUGCGUCCUUCAACUGAUAUUGAUCUAGCAGUUACUUAUAGUAAUAUGGGUUUGCUGUAUACAAACUUAAACGACACUUCUAAUGCAUUGUUAUAUCAUCAAAAAGCUCUUGAAAUACGAAAAAAAAAUCUCAAAGUAAACCAUCAAGAUCUAGCUACUACUUAUAACAAUAUUGGACUCGUAUAUUAUGAAAGGCAAGAAUUUUCAACUGCUUUGUCAUAUUAUGAAAGGACACUUAAAAUAUAUCAAGAAAUUCUGCCAGAAAAUCAUCCUUGGUUGGCUACAGCCUACAAAAAUAUUGGUCUUGCCCAAAUAUCGAUGAAAGAACGCAUGACCGGACUCAAUAAUCUUUGCAAAGCAAUGGAUAUACGAAAAAUGGUUCUUCCGUCUAAUCAUCCAUCGAUAGCAUCUAUAUGUUGUAGCAUUGGUGAAGUAUAUAGAGAAACAGGAGACUACUCGACUGCAUUCAAAUUCUAUGAAGAAGCACUAGAUAUUGAAAAAAAGGCUCCUAAAAUUAAUUAUUCAAGUUUAGCUAUGACUUAUUACAAAAUAUCGAGAAUAUUAAAUGAGCUCAAGCAAUAUGAUAAUGCUGUGAAAUAUGCCGAACUUGCUGUUCAGUCGGCUACGAAGUCAUCAACACCAAAUGAUGAAGAUGCAAAAAAAUUUGUAGACAACUUCGAACGACUUCAAACAAAACUAUAA